AUGGGUCCUAAAGGUAAAGUCACAGUAAGUGGUAAAAAGAGAAGCAGAAAUUCCUCAAGUCUUCCAAAAGGGAAACCUUCCAAGUCAGAUAGUGAAGUUGAAUCUGCAAGUGCUCAAGAGAGCGAGUCAGAAGUUUCCAAUGAUGAAAUUGAAGAUGGCGACGCUGUGAAAGAAGAUGCUGAUGUUGAAGAAGAAGAAGAAGAAGAAGAAGAAGAAGAAGGCAAUGAUGAAUCCGAUAAUGAGUUCCCAAGAAAGAAAAAAUCUAAGAACAGUAAGCAUGAUGACGGUUCGAACGAUUUCUCAAGCGCAAUGUCUGCCAUUUUAUCAUCACAUCUAAAGGCUUACGAUAGAAAAGAUCCUAUUAUGGCUAGAAAUAAGAAAGUAUUGAAGGAGAAUGAAUCAUCUAAACUUGAAUAUAAAGCAAAAAAAGCUCUGGUAGCGGAAAAGAAGAAAUUGUUAAACAAGACAAGAAAAACAGAAAUCAUUCCAAUUGCAUCAGAUGAACACCAUACUGGUGACGAAAUUAGAGAAAUUAUUGCAAAGGAGGCUAGAUUAAGAAAGAUUGCCCAAAAGGGUGUAGUAAAGCUAUUUAAUGCUAUCCUAUCAACUCAAGUAAGAACUAACAAAGAAGUUGAGGAUACCAUGGGAGAUAUUAGAAACAAAAACGAAAGAAGAGAAUUGAUUACCGAAGUAUCGAAGGAAAAGUUCCUUGACUUGGUUAAAGCUGCUGGUGAUGACGAAGAGUAG